AUGCUGAAGUACCAGAAAUGGUUAUGUGCAUCCGUCGUACUGCUCGCGCUAUGGCUAUUGCUACUGCAUAAUGCAAAUAAAUAUGUUCAAGACGAACUCAUGGUGCAGAUGGUAAAGGCGCUACCCGUGCUUGGUCUCAUAUCAUUUGGUGUAUAUUCGCUGGCGAUAAUUGCGCUUUCUGUCAUGGCCGUGCAAGAUGUUCCAGAAGCAGCUAAGGAGUUGGACAGGCAGGUGCUGGAGGCCAAGUCGGACUUGGCUAAAAAGGGAUUUAAGUUUUAG